CUCACCUCCACACUGAGGGCUCCUGGCUUUGGAAGCACCUCCUGCUCAGUCUCCACCAUGAGCCACAGACCCAGUGCCACCACCUCCUCUCAUAGAGCCAGGCCACUGGGGGCCCUGCAGGUGCUGCUGCUGCUGUCACUGCUCCUGGCCGCUCUGGUUCCCUCCACCAUCGGAGGAGGAGUUUACCAAGAAGAAGAUUAUCAGACUAUUGGGUUGCAGUGCCAAUGUGUGCAGGCCUCUGCAGAUUUAUUCCAGGGGCAGCCAGGAUAUGGAUUUCUUCACAUCUCUGACCCACUGCGACAAAGUAGUAGCCACAUAGAAGUUCUGAAGCAACCAAUGUCUCAAUCCGGAACUACCGUGGUCAAGAAGGUAGUCAAGAGCAUGGUGUAAGGUGAUGAGACAGGUGAUUAGCCUGCUCAGUCUCUCCCAAACUUUUUUACCUGCUGAGAAGAGCAGGACUGUGAAGUCUUGCCUUUUUUGAGUCCUUCUUUAUCCAGAUACCUAAUGCUACUGUA